AUGUUAUCGCCUGUUCACAGAGCACUCUGGAACAAAGAAGGCGCUAUUAUAUCCAUCAUUGACACACACAAGCUCGAUACUGACGUAUAUCCCGCGAUUAAGCUUUUCAGGGAACAGAAUUUGCGUAUCCGAGGCUACGAUGGUAGGGGCGAGUUCUUGCUCGCAGAUGAACAUGUUGAGAUUGGGCAAUUCCUACAGCUUGAUAAACUUGUUUCUCAUAAAUACAACAGAAAGCAGUUGCAUGGCGAGCUAGCUAGAGAUGCCGGCAAACUUGACCGCACUUCGGGAUAUGCAAUAGGAAAAUUUCUAAAUUCUAUUAAUCUCUCAUUCGAGUUCAGCAGGGAGGUGAGUGAGGGCUUAUUCCACUCCUGGAGACUGAAGAGGCAAGGAACUUGGGAGUCCUUUCAUGAGGGAGUAUGUGCUGGCUACAAUCGCUCUAUACCAUCUACCAGUGUCAGCGAAGUCGGACGUCCAGAAUCCAUUGUUCAUGAUAUAUCGGAUGACGACUCAGUCACCGAGUGUGGAUCUAUUGCAGAAGACGAGAAUAUGAGUGAUAGCGAAUCUGAGGAUAUCGGUGCUAGCUCACCCUGCAUGGGGCGCGAGUUAGCCACACAUACCUCAGAACGAAAACCCCUUUCCACUCCUGACUGGUUCUUCAUGAGAAAUACAGAUGAUGAACUGAUAACAUACGAAGAUGGAGAAGAAGGAGCCACUGGACGGCAAAUCAACCUAUUUUCCGAACAAAAUCCUGACCGAUCGGCUGAGCUGAUUACCGAUUGGCCUGAAGAAGACACUCAAGUACUGUCAUCCUUGAACUUGAACAUAUCUCAGACCCGAACCCCAACCAUCGAGAUCUUCGACCCAAACACCGGCAGAUGGGUCCAGGAACAAGCGAGACUCACGCAGAAAAUGGAAGAGGACGACUGUCAAUCUUAUAUGCAGCCACCAUCCAGCAAUGAUACUCAGGAAAUGAGGAGUAUAUCCGUGGAAGGCGAAAGCGACAUUAUGCAUGAUAUCGAGACUAGAUAUUCAAUUCUGAGCAUGUCCCGUGAGUUGUCCGAGGAUGUCCUGCCCCACAUUCGGUUUGCGAGAGAUCGAGAACGUCGAAGACGCUGGCUUCUUCAGUAGUCUCGUUCCUCUUUCUGCCCCAGAUAUGCAAUACCCAGUAUUGCGGACUCGAUGUUAUUAUCGGUUCAGUACCCACGAUUAGUGAAGAAGAUUGUAAGAUAAGGGUCGGCAGGUGUCGUUGAAGGAAUGGUGCACGCUAGUACCAAGGGGAGAGAUGUACUCCGUAGUGUUUGAUUAAUGAGUUGGGGAUAUUUGAAAGGCCACAGGAAUGGAUCUAGUACUUGCUUUAGUUAGCUGAUUUAGAACUGGCCAGUGCACCUACGAAUACCACCCUUGACUAUUGGCGCUAAGUGCCCGCAUUGAAAGCGAUAAGGAACAUCUACAAAAAGACCCAAACUGGAAGCGGCAGUGACUCGAUUAGAAAGGCUAGAUU